UUUAACAUUUAUAUUCAAAUUGUUUUAUUCUUUCAUUUUCUUCUGCUAUAAAAUGCCAUAAAUCACCAUCUUGCACUAAUUUGUGAAGCCAGUCAUUCGUCGAUAUGAUUCAGAUGAAAUGAAAUGAUUUUACCCAGCAUGCAAUGUUUACACCGUGUUCUCUUAAAAGCAGGUUAACUUAUAACUUGUCCUCUUGGUGACAGAGUCUUCCGAGUCACUCAUUCACUCCUCCACUGUGUCUUGGUGUUGGCUUUAAGAGGCACAGUGACCCACUUUCAGUGUCUGCACACACACGAGCGAUCCUGUGGCAACUCACGGACAAGAACCUGCAGGUUUCUGGACUGACACGGUGGAACAGAGCCUCGGAAUGGACCCCAACUGUGCUCGGAGUCCUGCAGCAGUGCUCGGCUCGCCACGCCAUGACCCCAGUCAGAGGGUCACGCCUGCUCCGCACCCUCGUCGGUCACACAUCUUCCUGGACGGAGAGAAGGCUGGAACUGCCCUGAUCCUGUCUGGAUUCUCUCUGGCACUGAUUGGCGUCACCUUAACCGUGAUGGGCUGGCAACGCUACAAAGCCAACACCAUGUUUGAGUGGACCCAACUGCUGGGCCCCAUGCUCAUCUCUAUUGGAGGGACUUUCAUACUCACCAGUGUCUGCAAGUUCAACCUGGUGUCCUGCUGGACCUGCAGACAGUGGGAGGAGGAGGAGGGGCCAGUGGUGGGGCAAACAUCAGCAAGACUUUCCGGCGGUGUGAGCCAGCCAAUCAUGCUGCACAGUGCCACCACAACAAUGCUGUGUCUUCCCCCAGCCUAUAACUUUGUGACCCAGGACGUACAACAGGCUGUUGAGUUCCAACCUGGCUGCUCUCUGAAUGCAGCACUUCCUCCCUAUGGCGCUGUUUGCUGUGUCGAUAACGCAGCGUUCUCAGCAGACUCAGCAGACAACGCGCGGAGCAGGAUUGAGAGGACAGCGGACGAGGGAGGACGAGGAGACGAGAGCGGCGCUACCUGUUCGCGGCCGCCUGCUUAUGAAGACAUCUACCCGUCCUUUAACAAACACUGUGUGACAUAGAGAAAAGAGAAUGUAUUAUUAUUUUACUCUUUG